AUGCUCAAGAGUCGCCAAAGAGUCAGGUGCAAGACCUGCGAUUUCGAGGUCCCAGCGGACGCGCAGGCAGAGCACCAGAGGAGUGUCAUACAUCAGACGAACAUCAUGAGGUCCAAGAUACUUACAAAUGAGGAGGAGUUCUUGAAGAAUAAAGAGGGAAUCCGGCUAGUCGGCGAGGAGUUCGAAGAAGUAGGCUCCGAAAUCACCCUGAGAUGUGAAGCGCAGAAGUUCAAAACAGGGAACCUGAUAAUCUAUAGCGACAGCUUCGAUGUGCAACUCAAGAAAGCGAUCCCCAUCGACCACAACGAGGUACUUAGAGUCGUGAGCGUUGUUGGGAACUCACCCAUCCCAAUCCCGAAAGGCACAUCCUUCAAACUGCAGCUCAGAGCCGAUGCUCGUCAACAAUGUCAGCUCAUGAUUCCUCUCGGCCUUCUGUUCUCGAGGAGAGGUCAGAGCGAAAUAUUCAUAAUGCGUUACGUUAGAGUGAUCUGCAUCGACCCCACAAUAAUAUCAUGUGAGCCCGAAAGUCCAUACGUUUCGGUGGAACCCGUGGCACAGCUGCCACCCGCCAAGAAAAUUGUGAAGAUGAAAACAUCAUCACGUGACAUGGCUCAAAGGAGGGUUGUCCAGGAAUCCUCAAGGCAGCGUUCGAGUGUAGACUUUGUUCCCGGAGCUGAAGAAGAGGCAGACGAAAUCUUUCCUGAGCAGGAAGCCGUGCGGAAAGUUCCUCUGUUCGAUUGCAGGCCGCCUGAGUUCCUUCGUCAAGUCCACAUGAACGGCCUGAAAGACGCGCCGGACAUGUCGGACGAGUAUAGAGAGAGAUCAGACGAUAUCAAAAAAUGCAUCGACAUCGGUAUUGACGCGGAGGAGCCAGAGAACUACUCGAAGUUCUUCCAUACCCUGGUGGCAUUCGAAGACAUCCAGCAGGACACCGAUAUACGGAUGUAUGAUAAAGCGAGCGCUAAGCUGAAACCAUUCGAGGAUGAUCCACGGAGGUUUGAAAUCGAAGUCGAGGGUCUCGAGGAGGGCCGGCCCUCCAUAUUGGUCUACGACAGGAUCUUCGUCCGUGAGGAGCACGAUGACUCGUUCGAGUAUGAAGGAUUCGUAUCUCGGGUCAAAUCGACGUCUAUCGAAAUCCUUAUGGAGCAUGAAGAUUUCCUGCAGAAGUACUAUUCGUCGCCCGACUACUAUGGGGACGAGGAAGACGAAUACGCGGAGCCAACGCUUUUCGUGGGAUACGGAGUGCGAUUCACAGUCAGUCGCAAAACCAUGCGACUCAUGUAUCGAGCUCUUCGCCAGUAUGACGACGUCCUCAGCACUGCACCCAUCGACGAAUUGUUGAUGCCUCGCAACCAGUGGCCUGCGCGACCCACAACUUCAAAUCUGCAGACUAUGGAACUCGUCAACAAGAACAUUGCACAAAAUCCCGAACAGCUCUGCGCGGUCCGCAACAUUGUUCUCGGUCUGCAUCGACCAGCGCCUUACGUCUUAUUCGGCCCCCCAGGGACCGGCAAAACUACAACGAUCACCGAAGCCAUCAUACAGGUCUACAGGAAGCUGCCGGAGAGCCGCAUCCUUAUAGUGACGCCAUCAAAUGCGGCUGCGAAUGUCGUGACGGAAAAGCUUAUCAACAGUCAAGCCAUUCCUAUUGCCGACAUCUACAGACUGUUUGGUGUGAAUUGCUCAGAAAGCAGGGUGUCAUCGCCAGAGAUGAAGAAGGCUUCGAACUGGAGGGAGAGCGCAAAGAUGUUCAUAGAGGUCUCUAUGGACGUCGUCAUGGUGUACAAAAUCGUAGCUUGCACGCUGACCAUGUCCGGGAGCUUAGUCACCAUGGGGAUUCCGAGAGGUCAUUUCACGCAUAUAUUCAUUGAUGAAGCCGGACACGCCAUGGAACCCGAGGCCCUUAUACCCAUCGCGGGACUCCUCGAGAUUUCCGACUCGCCAGAAAGAGCCGGCGGCUCGGUGAUAUUGUCAGGAGAUCACCUUCAGCUCGGUCCGAUAAUUCGAUCCCCUAUCGCCAGGACUUACGGAAUGGGAAAGUCGUUAUUGGAGAGGAUUAUGGAGACCAAGCCUUACUGUCGCGGAGAGAACAACGCUUACAAUCCCAUGCUUCUGACGAAACUCGUACGCAACUUCCGCUCCCAUGCCAAGAUCAUCGCUGUUCCGAACAUGCUCUUCUACGACGAUGAAUUGGAAGCUUGCGGCGACAAGGACAUAACUCACAGCCUCGUCAUGUACGAGAAAUUGCCAGCGAAAGGGACGCCUGUCAUUUUCCACGGCGUGUUUGGUAGCGAGUUGAGGGAGUCGAACAAUCCCUCUUACUUCAACCCUGAAGAAAUAUCAGUCAUUGUUAGCUACGUCAGGGAUCUGCUCUCGGAAAAAACCAAAACUUUCGAUGGAAAGCCCAUCGAGCAGAGAGACAUCGGAAUCAUCGCUCCUUAUCGGAAACAGGUCCUGAAGCUGCGCUUCAUCCUUGAAAAGUACGGUUACUCAGAUAUAACCGUAGGCUCGACCGAAGAGUUCCAAGGGCAGGAGCGUCUAGUGAUGAUUAUCUCCACGGUGAGGUGUUCUCAGAAGAAAUUCCAUAUGAACCCGGGCCAGAGUCUCGGUUUCCUCCGAAAUCAGAAGAGGUUCAAUGUGGCCCUGACUCGUGCGAAAGCAUUGAUGAUAAUCGUUGGUGACCCACGAGUUCUCAACUCAGAUUACCGAUGGAGACAAUUCAUCAAAGUGUGUGAUGAAGAAGGCUCUUGCACAGGGGAGACCUGCAAAUCGGUUCUAACAAUAUACGAAGAUUUGUUCAAGAAGUAAGUGCGACAACGUCGUCACUCCCUAAACGCAUCGUCCAAACAAGAUGCUCCCCCAAUAGACAGAGCCGAUAAUCAGAACACGACGGAGGACCAGCGCUAAACUCCGAAUUUUUCUCUUGAAGGCUUGAGGAACUGUCCCUGAUCAGA